AUGGCCGACAACCCUUCCACGCAUCAGCAACUCCAUUCGCAGUAUUCCGCGACCGUCAUGGCCGACAACCCUUCCACAUAUCAGCAAUCCCAUUCGCAGCAUUCCGCGACCGUCAUGGCCGACAACCCUUCCACGUAUCAGCAAUCCCAUUCGCAACAUUCCUUCGGCACGAAGAAUCUCUCCGAAGUCAUAAAAAAGAAGAACAAGACGAUGAACAGACAGUGGAGAAAAAUCAAGAAGCUCGAGAAGGAGCUUGAGAAGUGCAGCAAGCCGCGCCCAGUGCAGCAAGACGCGAAUGUCAUUCUUCUUCGAGCGGAGGUUGAAAAGCUUAACAGAGAGUUGCUCCUGAAGGAGGAAAAGUACACAAGCAGGCAGGAGUACGUCGUCUCGUAUCUUGAGAAAUCGAUAAGCAAUUAUCGUGAACAACUCCACAAGGCCGAAGAAAAGGACCUCCAACAAACGCAGACAGUUCAGCAUCUUCAGGAUCAGAUCUCUCAGCUGGAAGAAGGCUAUCAAGGAGCGAUUCAACAGCUUCAAGUAGACAUUUCAACUCUCCAGAACAACAACAAGAAGCUCACGUCUCAGCUCAUGGAAAAGAAGGCAUCCAUCGCAAAGGCAAAGUCACUUGCAAAGGCAGGCAAGGUCUCGGACGAUGCGAUCUUGAGUCUUUGGAAGAAGAUGAAAUAUAGCAUCCAUAACCUAGCCUCCACGAUCCUUACGGAAUGUCCUUCAUGGGAAGAGAUCGAAGCCAACAUCAAAGCCCCAGGUUGCUUGCUCAGCAUCUUGAGUAAACGCAUUUAUGGCUUUCUCCAAGACGAGGACACGAGAUCCAGCGUUGUCGAGCUGCUCAUCUGGGACAUGCUCCUGCGAGAAGUCUUCAAGCCAUUCUCGCAGACGCUCUCAGGCGUAUGCUGGGGCGGUUUAGAGGGUGAAUGCUUUUCUGUCAUGGUGGAGGGCAUGGCAGGUACUGCCUUGAAGAAGGAUGCAGAAGCUAAAUCAUUCUUCCAUUGGAAAGCUGAAGGCGGCAGAAUGAUUGGAGAUCUGAUCGGAGUCGACAAAGAGAAGCUUAAGCAGGUUGCCGACGAUCAUGCUGCGAUCUUCUACCUGUUUGUGUCUCGAAACGGAGUUCGCAACCACAACGGUAUGGACAGGCUCUUCAAGAACCUUUGCAAGAUCAUCGAAGAUGCACUGGUUCUUCAUGGCAUCUUCAUGGCAUCGAAGGCACAUUUCAUGCUAGACCGGCCCCAUGCUCCGAGUCGUGGCCGCCUCACCCGUUAUGACGCUGACUGGAUGGAAGCUGAGUCCUGGGUGAAGGAACCUUUGGACCACAGGAGCUCCCUGAAGUUCCCCAUUUCUCCGGGUCUCGUCAAGUACGGCACAGCCGAUGGAGAACACUACGACCAGCAACUUCGAUUGGUCAAGGCUCGUGUUGCUUGCCACUGA